AUGUCACAGAAUAAAAGACCAACAGUUUAUGUUGUAAAGGAAGAGAUAAAAGCAAUGGGGGCUGCACAAAUAAUGCUUGGCCUAAUUCACAGUGCACUGGGGUCUCUCUGGCUCUUUUUGUACCAUCUAGAAGAUGAGAAACACAGUGUCGGUCCUGUCCUGAUGUCAACUGCCGUCUUUUACCUGUUUGUGUCUGGAUCAUUUUUCAUCAACUCAGGAUCCAGCAGUGUAGUCCAGGGUGAUGCUUCAGCAUGUCAGCUUGUGUUAGGAAUUGUGAUGAACACCAUAAGUAUCUUCGUGGCUAUUAUGGGAAUAAUUAUAUUUGCCGUUGAGUUUCCAGCUUUUGAAGCACUGGGAAAGCAGUACAUUUGGUCAAAUAUGGCUGGCAUGAUGCUUCUGCAGAUCUCCAUCUUUUGUACCAUCACAGAGCUAGUCAUUACAAUCAUCGCAGUCGACUUGUUCAGAAACGCGUUUCAUCAACCCAGGCUCUGGGAUGAACUCAUUCAGGGAGACCCAAGGACCAAGAAGGGGCCCCCUCCUGCCUUCUGGCUCCACUAUGGAGCACUGGUGGGAGAUGAGCCUAGAAGCCUUGGGUUUCCUGAGAAUCACCACAGCAUGUGGAACAAAGCAUGUCUAAGCAUCCCAUCAAACAAGCAGUUUGGGUCAGUACCAAGACGCAGCAAGUGGCCAAAAAUUCCACGAGUGCCACUAGCAAUUGCUGAGAAUUAG